GACAGUACUAUGUUCAAUGCAUACAAUACCUUCGUAUCAAUGCAGACUGGAAACACCAUCUUCCUGGGUCUAGGAGCAUCCCACCAAAACACGGAAGCAUUCACAUGGGCCCGUUCUCUCACUGCCAUUGGAUGCUUUAUCAUAGGCAGCUUUUUCUUCUCUCGGCUGAACUUCGUCCUGGGACCCAAGAAACGAGUCACUCUUAUCUUGUCCUUCCUCAUCCAAUCCAUCUUGACCAUCAUCACGGCAGGAUUGAUCCAGGGCAACGCCAUCGACGGCAGAAUCUCUAAUCCCGCAGCGAGACACUCAUCGACCGGAGCUCCCUGGAACCAAGAAGUCCCCAUUGUGCUGCUCAGUAUUCAGUCCGCGGGGCAGAUUGUGGCGAGUCGUGUGCUCGGCUACAACGAAGUUCCAACGGUGGUGAUUACGAGCUUGCUGUGUGAUCUUAUGGCGGACCCGAAGAUUUUCUUGCUGAAGAACAAAAAGCGAGACCGGAGAGUGGUUGCUUUCCUUCUCACGCUGAUUGGAGCCAUUGCGGGGGGUUGGAUCAGCAAGGCUGCUGAUUCUGUUUCUCCUGGGUUGUGGAUUGUCGGAGGCAUCAAGUUUUGUAUUGCGGUGGCUUGGUUCUUCUGGGGUACGGAGACAAAGGAGGAGCUUUGAAAGGGAGAGGUUGAAUCAAUCAAGGCAAUAGGGGUUCUGAUAUAGCGGGCUGUCGAUGAGUAGAUGAGAGAAUAUUUAGAAAAGAACGGUAGUGAAAAUCGAAUACUAAUGACUGACAACUCUUUUU